GAUUUAAUUUUGUGUUGAUUUUGAGUUGUUUUUGUGUUAGUGGUUGGGGUGUUUUUUGUGGUGGUAGAAUUUGCAAAACACACAAAACCCACUGACACCACCCUAAUAACCCGAAAAAUGACGAUGACAGCUGAACGAAUUUAAUUUGUAAUCAAUUAAACUAUGAAAUGGUUAAAAGAAACAACAUUUAAAUGAAGAACCUGGUUAUUAUUUGUGUAAAUUAUGUCUACCAGAUCUCAAUUAACAAAAGACCUAAAUGAGAGUAUUAAAUCUUCUGUUGGAAAUAAAGUAAAAAUACUUUUCAAAAAUGUUGUUCGACUGGAAACUAAAGGAGACAAGACUGAAAAUAGGGUUUUGGUAUUUUCGCCAUGUCGAAUUUUGCUGCUUACCGCAAAAGUGCCAACAAAGAUCGACUGCCAUUUCCACUAUUUGGAAAUACAAGCGUUGGAGAGCAAACGCGGCAACCAUCUAAGCCUCACGGUCAACGACAAAAACUAUUCGUUUUUGACGGGGGAAGAUUCCACGUGCAGCACCGAAGUCGACAACAUGAUCGGCGCCCUCAACAACGCCAUCAGAAACAUUUUUCCCACCGUACCCCUGCACCACAUCAUCAAAAAGAUAGAGGUGAUCCCGAACACGAGGUUGCAGCAGCUGAGGGACAUGGAGGCGAUAGCGAGCAGUAGGCGGGAAGUGGGGCCUUGCGGGGGUUUUUCCACGCAAUACGCGUGCAUGUGCGACUUCCACAGCAUGACUUACAGGGAGGAGGUGGCCUGGGACGUGGACAACAUUUACGUGUCUCUGAACACGCGCGAACUGAGCCUGAAGGAUUUCGAGUAUCUCGAUCAAAAAGACUUGAUACCGAUAAUAAGUGCCCUGGAAUACAACACGUGGUUCACGAAAUUGCGCGCGAAUCAGGUGAAGCUGUCGCACGACAAUGUCGACAGGAUUUUCGGGGUCCUGCGCAAGUCCUUGAAUUUGGAGGAGAUCUAUUUGGAUAAUUUGGGCCUCAAGUCGGAUUUCGUCAACAAAUUGUCCAAUAUUUUGAAACAAAAUCCAGCCACUGCUUUACAUACCAUUGAUUUAUCAUGUAAUCCAAUUGAAGAUAAAGGUGCUACUUAUACAGCCGCGUGUAUAAAAAGGCUCAACAAAGGUUUGGUUCACUUAAACCUGGCUCAUUGCGGGCUUAGCUCAAAAGGCGUGAACCACGUGGCGGCCGCUUUAAUAGAAAAUAGCAGCGUACUGACAACUCUAACCUACCUCAAUCUAAGCGGAAAUAGCCUUAAGGACGACAUUAGCUCUUUACACAAUUUUCUCUCUCAAUCGAACGCUCUACAACACAUCGAUAUAUCGGCGACCGACGUUAUCCUAGAAAACAUUUUCGGCGCGCUAGUGAAAGGUUGCACGACCAACCUCGUGCACUUGAACAUCUCGCGAAACCCUUUCAGCAGCAAGAAAAGCAAAGAGGCGCCCAUCUCGUUCAAGCAGUUCUUCAGCACCACACUGAACCUGAAAUGCUUGAACAUGUCGCACUGCAAGUUGCCGCAAGAGGCGCUGAAAAAUCUUCUGCUGGGCUUGGCCUGCAACGAGUUUACCAAAGAGAUGAGUUUAGACAUAAGCAAUAACGGUUUGGGCAGCCAAGGCGCACACGUGCUGGAGUCCUGCGUGCACGGGGUCCGCUGCAUUUCUAGUCUCGACAUUUCCGAUAACAGUAUGGACUCCGAUCUGUGUAACGUUGUGAUAGCAAUAAGCAAAAACAAGUCCCUGAAACACUUGAACAUGGGGCGCAGCAUGAAGAAGCACAUGGGCUUGAUAAUGGACUCGAUAGUCCAGAUUGUGCAGGAUGACGAAUGUCUGCUGCAGUCCCUGAUAAUCCCCGACUGCAGACUUCGAUCGGACACGUUCAAUCUCCUAAACGCUUUGGGAGACAACAAGUCCCUGGAAACGCUGGAUAUAAGCGGGAAUUUGAUCGGGGACUCGGGUGCUAGGCUUCUGGCGAAGGCCUUGCAGAUAAACAACAAGCUGAAGACCAUCAUCUACGACAGGAACAACAUUUCUCUGCAGGGGUACAACGAUAUAGCGUACGCUUUGGAGAGUAACAAGACCGUGCAGUACAUGCCGUUUCCCAUCUUCGAUAUCGCGCCCUGUAUGAAGGCAAGCGCGGAAAAAACCGACGUUGUGAUGAGGAAAAUACAGGAUGCGCUAAAUAGGAAUGUCUCUUUGAAGCAACACAUGACUCAGACGCUGCCUUUGCAGCCAGGGUUUUUGCUGUCUUCAAAACAACAGGUUCUAGAUAGGUUGGUUUCUCAGACGCAGGAAGCGAUAAAAUCGAUGGCCAACGAUUCGAUGGCGUCGAAAAGCGACAUGAACCACGCGUCCGACGUCAUUCAGGACGCGGAAAAUUCCAAGCAGUUGCUGGUUAGGUUGCAGGAAGUCGCGCAACACCGCGACGACCGACGUUUGCAUCCUGUGGAGGACAAGUUGGAACAGGUGGCCAACGAAAUUCACGGCAGCAUUUGCGACUACAUGCAGGCUACAACCGACAAAAUGCUUAAAUGUUGCAAAGAGCAGUGCCCCUAUGUAUUGCACGAUGAUGAAAGGGUGCAAGAAAUCAAAAAAGAAUGCAACAAAAAGAAACAAAUUCCCAUCGAUUUUGUUACGACGUGCAUUAAACAACAAGCGGGGGCCGACAUAAUGAAUAAAUUAAAGGAGUUGAACGUCGUUUUGGCGUCGCAUCUUUCCGAGCAAAUAACGGACGAGAUUCACGAGGCGUUGAUGCGCAGCUACAAAAUUUUGGUCGGCGACGCAAGUGCAAUAAGAAUAGACUCGCCCCCCAGAAGGUCUAGGUUGAGUAGUUCUGAUAGUUCCCGGCACGGCGCCAGCGACAUUUCCAUCACCGACAGCAGCCACCAGUCGGAUCACUCGCCUUUGGCAACACCGCAUCUUUCGAUUAAAAGAAAAAGCCUCCACGGUCGAAAAUUGCGUCCGAAAUCGGUGGUAGACAGUGUUGAAGGUCUAUCUGCAGAUGAUAUACCCAGUUUGCUACCAUCUAUACCGAGAAAUUCAGAGGAGGAGGAUUCGGUUACGGAGUUGCCAAAUACGUCCUACCAACUUCAGCAUCUAGUCAAAGGUCGUCCGAGGAGAGCGAAAACCCGCGCCCCCACGCGGCCGCUGGUCAAACCGCCCGACGUGGCCGACUCGAUCAGUCAAGACCUCGUCGAGGGGCUGGACUCGUUCUUCCGGCCUGGCUCGGUGACGCCCACCUCCGACGACUGCCACUCGUUCCAGGCGGACGGCAGCCCGAACCGCGACUUCGCCUCGCCGAUCCUGAACGACGACCGCCGAACGCCGAAGCUGAGCCGCAACUCGCCGCUGCUCAGGGGCGUCAUCACCCCCACUCCCAGGUCCAGCUUAAUUUUUAGAUCGAUCGAUAACUUGGAGAAAUGUUCGCCAUCAUUUGCGAAAAAAGCCGCAUUCGAGUCCUCACCUUUGACGAGAAGACUCACGGGGGACAGUUUCAUGUCGCAGGAAAGUAGUGACGGAAGUUUGGCGGCCGAAUCGACGUUGGAUCACUCACCGGGCAGCACCAUGUCGAAAAUGUCCCCGGACGGUUCGAAAACAGACGACUCCGACUUGAAGCAGCCGUUCGUGAAGCUCAAGCACGUUUCUCCCUCGGUGGCUUCGAAACCGAGGCCCUGGUCGAUGGUGAGUUCCGAGGCCAAGUCGGGCGGGGAUUUGAGCCUGCUGAGCGACGGUUCUUCCCCGAACAACUCCACCGGAAACACUCCGGACUCGGCGGAGGCUCUGGACAGCUCAGAAAACUCGUCUAUCGAUCGGAAGUACGCGAAAGAUAUCAAGCUUAAAAGAGGGGGCAUUUUGACAAGUUAUUUUCCCGAUCGUGGCGAUUUCCUUGCCCGUUAUAAGGGGAUGGGAACUAGUAAACCAGUGCAAUCAGUGAAUCCGAUAGAAAGGAGGGACAACAAUUUCAACUGUAAAAACACAGGAGACGCGCAUGUUAGUAGAUGAACCCAUUUUUUUAGGUACCAACCUAACAAUAAUUUCCUAGGGAAAAAUGUGUAGAUUGAAUCCCUACUUUCUUUUAUUCUUCAACUUUUUGGUAGCUUCGUCUCCAGAUGACAAUUUUCUAAUUCUUUACAAUAAUUAUUAGUAUUGUUAUACAAAAAUUUCUGACUGCCAUUUUAUUGUACGUAUAGAUACAAAAUUAUUUUUUAGACUUUUUACUCUAUCGACUUUGUGAGGAAUUUUAUUGUUUUUGACUUAAACUACAUAUUUUUUAUAAACGCAUCACUUAUUAUUCACACGAUUCUUUUAGGAUUGAAAACGAACUUUCAAUUAGCGAACACAUUAAAAUGUAUUUUUGUAGUAUUCUAGAAAAUUUAAAAUGUUGUUAUGCAAGGCACAGUUAACAGCAAAAUUUGUCACCUAGUAUUUCAUACGUUCACAAAUAUUUGAUUUUUGUUGAAAGUGUCUAUAAUAGUAGAUUUUUAUAUCUACAAGUUAAUAAUUCACUUUUGUAGGUUUAAUAAACAGCAUUUCUUUUAAAAAUGCUUAUAAACAGAUAAAAUCUGUUCUUUUUUCUCUUAAAUUAAUUUCAUUCCAUAUAUUUUUUUAGUAUUAUAAUUUGUUGCAGCCAUAUGCCAAACUAUAUUUGUAUUUGUAUUUACGUAGUUUAUUAUUUGCAAUGUGAUAUUAUCGGAACAAAAAUUCUGUAUCGAGUUUUUUUAAUCUACACUUUUGUAUAUAAAUUAUUUUUUUAAUAGCUUCUACGCGAUUAAUGAGGAUAUUUUCAAAAAAUUAAGUCAAUAAUUUUAUGAGGUAUUUUUCGUUUUUUACCAUUUAGAUUUGUGAUGUAAAAGUAUAUUUUCUUUAUUAUUUUUCAUGUGUAAUGUGCAUACUAUGCAACAUUAAAUACACAUGCAGUGUAAUAAUGCUUCCAUUUAUUGUAUUAAUCUUUUUAUACUUUAAAAAAAUAAACAAGCA